GGUGGGAGGUGCGUCCCUCUUUGUCACUGUUAGCAAGCUAGCCAGCUACAGCUAGCGUUACCUCCCGUAGUAAUAGUGAGGUGUAGAUAGCAAGCAAGUUUCUAAACUUGAGCGAAUAUUUUGAAUUGAUAGUUUUUUACGAUCGGAAGUUAACCGCCUUUAUACUGUUUACCAAGCGAUGAUUGUGUGUUAUUCUCUUCAAAUGCAGUGGACGCAGACCUGGGCCUGCUUUGGUCGAGAAAUUAUGGAAUACGUUUAACGUCGUCCAACUCCGUUAACCUCGGAAAUCGUGGACGAUGUCUUCUGUGGAAAAAAAAUGCGAUAAACGCGAGCCUUUUUACCUGAGCCCGUGUCCGAAGAAGAAGACGAGCGCCGAGAUUAUAAGCGAAGCCCGGCGGUCCCUCAAGGCGGUCAGCACGCGAAGGCCCUUCACACCGAAGGAUGACCAGAGGCACCUAUUCGGACAGACAUCGUCUCGUUCCUCUGAGGCCAGACCGCCGUCUACUUUCAGCCUUUACGCUCGUAAUUUUGAAGAAUCGGACUCGAGGCCGAACUCGGGGAAACGGCUUUCGCCCCUGGAACACAAGCCCAAACUGCCCGCGCCUCCGGACGAUGACCCGGACGGCCCGGCGGCUCUCCCGCGACCUCCGCCCGACCCGCUGCAGUGCAGGAGGGCGGGCGGCUCGCGGCCCCGCCCCCUCAAAUCGUGCCCCCCGGCGAGGGUCCCGCCCGCCAAGCCGUCGGAGGAAUGCCCGAAGAAGAAGGGCUCGGACUCCUCCCCUGCGGAGGAGCGCUGGCCGGCGCCGUGUGGCGACGGAAACGACCCGCUGAAGGGGCGGAGCCUAACGGGAGCCUGUUCCCAAGGAGACCGUGAGACCGCUCGCCCGCGCUCCCCCUCUGGCGAAAGUGGAACAUCCCGUCCUGGCAGUGCUGAGACACCUGUAAAGUCAUCUGCUCCAGCAACAGAUUUGGAAGGAGCGGAACCGAAAGGCCAGUUGGAGGAAAGUGCAUUCUGGGAGACUCGAGUCGCCCCCCUCCUUCAGCAGCUGGAGUCCGUCCCACAGGAUGGCACGGACAGCGUGGAGGGACUCUGCAGAGCCUGCCAGCGCCUGCUUUGCAUUCUGGGAGAGGGCGACCUGCUGGGGCGGAAGUGCAAGCGGCGGGCGGUGCUCCUGAGGGCCCUUUUCCAGCUGAUCGACGUGGACUCCGCCCGGCUCACCCUGGAGCUGGCCAAACUCAUCCUGGCUCUCAGCGUCAGCGGGAACAAUCUGCUCAAUAUCUGCAAGCUGGUCUUCAAGAUCAGCCGCAGCGAAAACAACGACGCGCUCUUCCAAAACAACUCCAUCGUAGACUCGCUGCUGGCGGUGCUGGGCGCGCAGGACGUCCUGUCGGCGGGCGAGGCCGCGCUCUACUGCGUGGGGACGCUCAAGUUCCUGUCGGGGAACCGGGCCCUGCUGGCGCCGCUGGUGAGCGCGGGGUGCGUCCCCGCCCUGCUGCGAUUGGCCGGGAGGCUGGCGAGCCUGGCCCCGCCCGGCCACGCCCACUUCGCCGUCUCCGGCCACAUCCUGGUCCAGCUGACGGCGGCCCUGAGGAACUUGGUGGACCUUCCCGAAACCCGCCCGGCGUUCCUGUCCAGCGGGGGGUUCGCCGAGCUCUGCGGCGUCCUGCAGCAUCACCACGGCGACAAGGACGUCUGCACCAACGCCGCCAGGAUAUUCAGCAAGCUGUCCUCCUACAGCGAGUGCUGCUCCGCGCUGGCCAGCGUCCCCGGCUGCUACGGCCUGUUUUUACAGCUGCUGAGGAGACACCAGAAUAAGCAGGACCUGGUGGUGCGCCUCGUCUUCACACUGGGCAACCUGACCGCCAAGAACGGCGACGCCCGCGAGCGCCUGUGGGCGGAGCCGGGGGCCCGGGACGCGCUGCUGGGGCUCUUCCUGUCCUACCGGGGCCCGGACACGCCCCCCGCCGGGGGUCCCGCGGAGGCGGAGGCGGAGGGGGAGGGGGAGGACGUCCUCGUCAAGCUGAUCAGGGUCCUGGCCAAUCUGUCCAUCCACCCCGACGUGGGCGCGGCCCUGGCGUCUGACGCGCAGUGCGUGGAGCUCCUGCUGAGCGUGCUCGAGCUCCGGGCCGCGGGGGACCGCGAGGAGCUGGUGGUGAACGCGGCGGCCGCCGUCAACAACCUGUCCUUCUACCGCGAGGAGGGCUCCGCGGUGAGAGCCAAUGAGCUGGCCGUCGCUCGCCUGAUGCUGCAGCUCCUGCUGGGCAGCAGCAGGGACGGCAUGCUGGAGGCCACGCGCGUGUUCGGGAACCUCUCGCGCUCCAGGGCGGUGCGCGACUUCAUCCUGAAGAACAAAGUCCACCAGUUUUUGGUGACCCUUCUGGACUCGAAGAGCCCGGACGUGUGCUUCUCCGCGUGUGGGGUCCUGGUGAACCUCACGGCGGACCGGGACAAGAGGGCCACUCUGAGGGAGGAGGGGCUGAUCCAGAAGCUGCUGGACUGCCUGCGGGACCUGGGCCCUGAGGACUGGCAGCUGGCCGGCCUGCUGUGCCAGACCCUGUGGAACAGCAGCGAGGACGGAGCGGCGCUCUGCUUCAGCGAGCAGGAGGCCGGCGGCCUGCUCUGCCUCCUCACCCUGUACCUAGAUGAGGAGUUGAUGCACCAGUUGAACAUGAGCGAGGAUGUGAGAGAGGUCCACCAGGCAUGCUGGGAGUUGGAGUUCUUCCCUGUGGCGCAGAGGCUGAGGAACAGAAUCCAGAGCCAGGGGAACCUGCUGGAGCCCCUCGGUGCCCCCUCUUAGCAGCCCCAUACAUACAGCUCGCUCCUCCACAGCCAUCCCCAUGUCCUUCAGUAAUUAUGCACUUUAGCGUCCUGUAUGGAGCCCGGCACACGGCAUGUGUUUGGGUCCAGUCUCCUUGAUCAUAUCCUGCAGAAACAAAAAAUGACUGUUUGCACUUUAUAAAUAAAAAUGGAAAAUGGGAAAAUUACAAAUAAACAUUUUUUUUCAAAAUG